GAGUGUUGCUAUAAGAGAGACACUCCGCUGGUUCGUGUUAUUCUUUCUUCUCUUAAAACAAGAUUGAAAAUGAGUGGGCGGGGUAAAACCGGCGGUAAGGCAAGAGCGAAGGCUAAGACUCGUUCAUCGAGGGCAGGACUGCAGUUUCCUGUAGGUCGCGUUCACCGAUUGCUGCGUAAAGGAAACUAUGCCGAGCGUGUUGGCGCCGGUGCUCCAGUUUAUCUGGCUGCUGUGCUCGAGUAUCUGACUGCUGAAAUUCUGGAGCUGGCUGGUAACGCGGCCCGCGACAACAAGAAAACUCGCAUCAUUCCCAGACAUCUGCAGCUGGCAGUGCGUAACGACGAAGAGCUGAACAAACUGCUUGGAGGCGUCACUAUCGCCCAGGGCGGAGUAUUGCCCAACAUCCAAGCUGUUCUGCUCCCCAAGAAAACUGAGAAAGCGGUCAAGGCGAAGUAAUUUUUGCGGCGCUUUAAGGACCAUUCACCCAAAGGCUCUUUUAAGAGCCACCUACACUUGUAUGAAGAGCGCAAAGCUUCCGUCCAUUGUGUGCUGGUUGCCCAAAACGCACGUGUGACCAGAAAUUUUCUGCAAGAUUUGACGAACAUUCUAAUGACAAAAAGGGAAACUGGUUGUGUAUUAGCAUCACUGUAAAUUAAAUUGCGGAAACCAGAUGUAAAAUGACAAUGGGAAAUGUCUUCAUUAAAAAGGGUACUGUUAUCAAAUUGUAACGGCCUUGUAAAGGAAACCAACUCUGGACCUACUGAGUUGGAAUGGGCUGAAAUCGAUGUUCAGCUUUUGUGAUUUCUAGAAGAGUUUUUAAAAAAUGUAAUUUGUUUUAGUAUGUACGUCCUUUGUUGAAGUAUUGUGGAAUGUUUUAUAUAAUCAAUAAAGCUCUUUAAAGAACCCCAAACGAUUGGGGUUACCAGAA